UUUAGGUAACACGCUGCUUGCGUCCAAUGAUAUCAAAAGGGAAAAAAAGGAAUAGAAAGGAGGGGGGGGUUAAUGAUUUACGCAGCCACUUAACGCGCGGAUGUGUAUUUAUUUACUUAUCAGUAUCAGUCAAUUCCCCUCCCCGCAAGUGCACUUUUGCAUGUGUGAGUACGAUAAGGCAUAACACAAACAAUCCUGCAAUCACUGGAGGCCUCUCGUGGCCAUUAAAAGUCAGGAGUUCAACCGAGGAGUGCUUCUCCAACUCUCAAGUCCAUAUAGGCCUCCUUUCAUCAAGAGGCCCUCGUAAACAUCACUACAGUUAAUAAAGUGCAUUGUGGUCAGUGCAGUCCCGAGGUGCAGCAGUGUGUUUAUCACACACAGGCAACAACAGCUGCAGCGCGAGCCCCCGGACAGCGCGUGCAGCCAGCCGGGACGCACAUCUCUGCUCAUCAUGUACAGCGCUUAUGUUAUUGUUAGUGGGAGGGGAGCGCAUGUCUUGGAAGUGAAAUUACGCGCGGCGAAAGGAGGCUCGAGCUGUUUGGUAUUGUUGCGGAUGCCCCGCCUCUGAUGGUAGCCUUAAACCUGGCACCCAGCUAAAACAAACCAAAGCCAGCACCCAGCUCCCACUCAAUCCAAUUAAGGCGGACUUGAGGCGGCUCUCCUUACGUGUUCAUCUACCAGGAUCGACGUUGAGACAACAGGAACCAGAGGGGCUUUGGCCAGAAAAAAAAAAAAAAGAGAAGGAGAGAUUGCCUUGCCUUCUAAUUUCUCCCUCUCCAGCCCCAGAACAAUGUCGAUGAGCCCUAAGCAUACGACUCCUUUUUCUGUUUCCGAUAUCUUGAGUCCCCUCGAGGAGAGCUAUAAGAAAGUAAGUAUGGAGAAUAACAACUUGGGGGCACCUCUCACUUCGUACCGGCAGCCGCAGGUCUCUCAGGCGGCGAUGCAGCAGCACCACAUGGGCCACAACGGGACUGUGUCUGCCGCGUACCAUAUGACGGCUGCAGGUGUCUCCCAGCUGUCACACACGGCCAUGGGGGGCUACUGUAACGGCAACCUGGGCAACAUGGGUGACCUGCCGUCUUACCAGGACGGCAUGAGGGGUAGCACCACGGCCACCGGCUGGUAUGGAGCCAACCCGGAUCCGCGCUUCUCCACCAUUUCUCGCUUCAUGGGCUCGUCCUCGGGCAUGAACAUGGGCAGCAUGGGCAGCCUCAGCUCCCUGGCAGAUGUGGGCAAAGGCAUGGGCUCCCUGUCCAGCACCCCGAGGAGAAAAAGACGCGUGUUAUUCUCCCAGGCACAGGUGUACGAGCUGGAGCGACGCUUCAAGCAGCAGAAAUACCUGUCUGCUCCAGAGAGGGAACACCUGGCCAGUAUGAUACACCUCACCCCGACUCAGGUGAAGAUCUGGUUCCAGAACCACCGGUACAAGAUGAAGCGGCAGGCCAAAGACAAGGUGUCCCAGCAGCAGAUGCAACAGGAGAGCGGCUCGUGCGCGCAGCAGCAGCAGCAGUCCCCACGAAGGGUGGCCGUGCCGGUGCUGGUGAAGGACGGGAAGCCGUGCCAGGGAAGCGGCCACACGCCCACGUCCUCCGCGCAGAGCCACCACCAGCAGGCCGGCAACGUGAUGAUCAUGUCCAACAACGCGUCCGGGCUCGCGCAGCAUCAGAGCCAGCAGGUGGGCAGCACGGGCCAUUCUCCGGAUCUGGCCCCGCACUCCUCCAGCCCGCCUUCUCUGCAGAGCCAGGUGGCCGGCCUGUCUCACCUCAACUCCCCCGGCGCAGAGUACGGCUCGGCCCUGCAGUGUUCAGCUCUGUUAUACGGCAGGACGUGGUGACAAGAGGCGCCGGCUUUUAUUUCAACCAAUUCUUCUAUUUAACGAAAGACAAAGACUUUUUUUUUCUGUCAAGACUCGAGAAGUUUUCCUGUAAAUGUGCGUUUGAACAAGAGCCGAGCGAGAUCGUUGCAAAUCUUGAAUUUUCACCUUUUUUGGAUGAAGUUUGACUAACAUGGAAGGAGAGAGAAAAACACUUUUGAGCAGAAACUGCGGAUGUGAAAGUCUUUGGAUUUAUUUAUGUAAAUUAUAUUGAGACAGAAGAAGAACCAGCAGUCAUAUAGGCCGUACAAUUAGGGGAAGAAAUGAAGACAUAUAAAAAACUGCAGUAGGCCUAUAUGAGUGCUGCUAAGCACCCCACAAACACACUCCUGACUCUGAUUUAUAAUAGAAUUUAAUGUAAGCCGUAGAUCUAGCUUGUAUAUUUCUGUAAAAGGUUUGGAUUUUAGCUAUCUGUUGUACAAAAGUUUUCGACGCUAUUUGCCGGUUUGUUGUCGUUUUAUUGGUAUUUGUACGUUUGAUUUCUUUGUAACUUAUAUAGAUAUUUGACUUACUACAAAACAGUCCUAUUAAUAAA